UUUACAUCGAAGCAAAAACAUUACGUCAUUUCUAUGCGACUGUCACUGUCGCGAGUAGGUGGAAAGAUGGCGCCUUCCCCAACAAAGAGAAAGGAGGAUGAUAAGAGUAAACAGCGAGUUAAGGAGAAGUCGGGAGCUACGAAAGAAGGAGCUGACAAAGACCGGGGCAGGGAGAAGAAACGCACCCGGCGCAGCGCGUCCAGCCAGAGCAGCAGGUCCAGCUCCAGCAGCAGCUCCGGCUCCAGCUCCGGCUCGUCCAGCGGCUCCAGCUCCUCGGCCUCCAGCCACUCGGGCUCCUCCAGCCCCCGCUCCUCUUCCUCCUCCUCGUCCUCCUCACCCAGCCCUAGCCGCCAGCGGCACAACAACAGACGACGCUCGCGCUCCAAGUCAAAAUCAGCAAAGAAGGAUGACCGGGACCGACGGCGUAGGAGCCCCACACCCAAACCCACCAAGGUCUACCUGGGCCGGCUGACCAGAAAUGUUAUCAAGGAACACAUCCAGGAGAUCUUCUCCACUUAUGGCAAGAUCAAGAUGAUUGACAUGCCGGUGAACCGCGUGCACCCUAACCUGUCCAAAGGCUACGCCUACGUGGAGUUUGAGACACCCGAGGAGGCGGAGAAAGCCCUGAAACACAUGGACGGAGGUCAGAUCGAUGGUCAGGAGAUCACCGUCACAGCUGUGCUGGCUCCCACGGUGCGCCCUCCCCCCCGCCGGCUGUCCCCUCCCCGCAGGAUGCCUCCCCCUCCACCAAUGUGGCGACGCACUCCGCCACGGAUGAGGAGAAGGUCUCGGUCUCCACGGCGGCGCUCUCCAGUCCGCCGCAGGUCUCGAUCCCCUGGUCGCCGCCGGCAUCGGUCACGCUCUAGUUCCAACUCCUCCCGCUAGGGAAAUAGGACUCCCUCCCCCUGCCCCCCCUUUCCUUUUCUCCUCUCUGGAUCUGCUCUGCUGCUGUGUUCUAUUGAUCAGUGUGACCAAACCUUCCGGUUAAUUAUGAGCCACACUGUUAUGGGUUUUAGCCAAAACAGGUGAAUGGAAAUCCACUUUCCUGUUUUAGGCACCCACCGUUACAUGCUGACGUCAUGUAACUCCCAGAAUCCAGUCUGCGCUGUGUUCCGGUUUCACCGCCAGCAAUCGCGCCCACUCAAAACGAUGCUCCUGAUUCCACUCUCCGCUGCACUAGAAAUACCCAGGGGGCCUGUCUUUGACAGAGUCGCAGGGUGUUGCAUAGGCCGGGCAGGAAGUAGAAUCAAUUUUCAAAAUAAACAGCCUGUGCAGACUCCCCAUCGGAUGACUACACUGUUUCUUUAGACAACUAAAACACAGCCACAGAUGUUUGAUCCGUGUUGUUCUGAGCUGGACUACAUGGAAGAAACAAUUUAACUACGUAGACUACUUACUUUUAUGGUAGAAGCACACACCUUCAGGGAAAAUAACCCACACUGCUAAAUCUGCGAGUCGGGCAGGCAAAAUGCUCCACUUCCGAGACGCUCACGCUGUAGUACAGUAUGAGGCAUGGCUGACGACGGAACAGAAACACGGCGCAGACGGGGGGGAAAUUCCGGGAUUGUCAUGAGCACAUCAUCAACUGGGAUCACACAAGGGAUUCUAGUGUCUGUGUUGUCAUCUCAACCAGUAAAUUGACAAAUUACAUU